GCUCGAAGAAAGAGAUGUUUGGCACUCUCGCCACCCACAUUUUACUGCUGCUCGUCGCGAUCAUCGCGAUCAAUCUCUACCUAAGCUCGCUUCCGGCUUGGUUCUUCGUGACCCAAGUUAGCACUCGCUCCAUCGCCGCCUUCCUCCACAAUCUCACGCUCCACCCCCACGUCGCAGGGACGCCGCAGGGGUUUGCUACUGCCAAGUUCGUCGAGGAGAGAUUCCGCGAGUUUGGGCUCUCGACGCGCACGGUCGACUACGAGGUACUCGUCUCGUAUCCAUUGAAGCGAUCGUUGUCCGUGGUCUACCCAAGCAACUCGUCACUCAGCUUGGCUCUAGACGAAGAGACCGUGGAUGGCGAUGGCGAUUCCUCUGGAGUCAUUCCAACUUUCUUCGCUUACUCGCCGUCUGGGGAAGCUCUUGCCGAGGUGGUGUACGCAAACUACGGCCAAAAAUCCGAUUUUGACGAGCUCAAGAGCCUGGGAGUGGAGGUGAGAGGGAGCGUGGUGAUCGCCAGGCUUGGCAAGAGCUUUCGAGGGGAUAUCGUGUUUAACGCGCAGGAGGAAGGCGCGGUGGCCGUGGUUUUGUAUCCGGAUCCUCGAGACUACGCCACGAACGCUACCACUGAAGGCUACUAUCCAUUCUCGCGAUGGUUGCCUCCAAGUGGAGUCCAGAGAGGCUCCGUGAUCCAGGACCCCGGGGAUCCUCUCACGCCGGGGUGGCCGAGUAGCAAGCUUUCCGAGAGACUGGACGCUUCCAACUUGACAAGGCUGGGAGUUCCAGCGAUCCCGGCGCUGCCAAUCUCCGCUCGCGACGCUCUUCCAAUCAUCGAGGCGCUGGGAGGCCCUGUUGCUCCUGAUUCCUGGCAAGGAGGACUUGCGGUGGACGCGUAUCGAGCUGGGAAAGGACCUGUGAAACUUGAUCUUCGCUACGAGGCUAACCUGACCACUGCGACAAUUCGUAACGUUUUUGGAAUCAUAGAAGGCUCUGAGAAAGAUAGAUAUGUGCUUCUUUGGAAUCACCGAGACGCUUGGACGUAUGGAGCCGGCGAUCCAAACAGCGGAACUGCCUGCCUUUUGGAGAUAGCUCGCAUCUUUGGACAGUUUCUGAGAAAACCAGCGAGAACAAUCGUAUUUUGCAGCUGGGAUGCCGAAGAGUACAGCCUGACUGGUUCUACAGAGUGGGUCGAGGACAAUUUGGCCAUGCUUAAGGCUCGAGCGGUGGCUUAUUUAAACGUGGAUGAAGCAGUAACAGGCAGUUCUUUCUCAGCGUCUGCUACGCCUCAGCUUGACAACCUUUUAUUCGAAGUCACCAAAAUGGUGAAAGAUCCAGACUCAAAUGGAACCAUAUUUGACUCGUGGUGUGGAAAAUCAAACGAUUGUGUCGGGAGGCUGGGCGGUGGUAGCUCCGACUACGCUCCAUUCUUGCAGCACGCAGGAAUUCCCUCCACCAGCAUGACGUACGAAGAAAAAAACUCAGAUUUUCCCGUGUAUCAUUCACUCUAUGACAAUUACAACUGGAUGAAAAACUUUGGAGACCCUGAGUUUCAUCGCCAUGCAACAGUGGUGAAAGUCUGGGGACUGCUUGCGAGGCGCUUGGCCAUGGACACGAUCUUGCCUUUCAACUAUGUCUCGUAUGCAAACGUGUUCGAGGUCGCUGUAAAGGAUUUGGAGGCCAGGUUCCUGCUUAUUUCGGGUCAUCCAGUUAAUAUACUUAGCCUCAGCAAGUCACACGACGUAAAUUUCUUCCCACUUCAUUCUGCGGUGGAUCAACUUCGUGAACUUGCGUCCAAGAUCCCUUCUUUCACUGCGCCCAGAAGUAAAAAUGAUAUUUUGAUGCUUGGAGAGCGCUGUUUUCUAGAUGGCGAAGGCCUUCCAGGGAAGCCAUGGUUCAAACACUUGAUCUAUGGCCCAACUCAAACAAAUGUCUAUGGUACCUCGACAUUCCCUGCUAUUGCGGACGUUAUAUCGAAGAUGGCUGUGGGUGAGGACAAAGAAGAGCUUAAAGCUUUAAAACAAGACUUGCAACAUGAAAUAUGGAGAGCUUCGAGAGCUAUCCAGUGUGCCGCGAAUGUCAUAAAAGGUGAUAUAUUUUCCUAAAUGGUCCUGAGAGAAUCAUGGCAGUUGAACCGUGCGUUGCUCUCGGUAUUUAUCCUAUCCUUUCCACAUUGCAUUGAA